GAGUGGAAAAGAAAAAACUCCUUAUUAUUAACAAACAAAUAAGCCAGAUAUAACCGUCGGCGGAUUUUUCUCGAAGAAGACAAAAGAGCAAUUUGCGUUUUGUUUGUAAUUCUUUCUUUACAUAUAAGAAAAUUUGAUUUAAAAGAACUAAGUGAGCAAAAGAGCAAUUAAUUAAUAAUUAUAUUAAUUGAUUUUUAUCGCAAAGCAAGUCUGAACGAGAAGAGAAACAAUACAAAUAUCUAAAAGAUUGUAAGGGGUCGCAGAAAAAAUAUUAAAUAUUUGGCAAACAUUCGAUUUUCCUUCUUUUUUUUUUUUUUUUGUUUUUGCUUGAGUCGUGAAAGUGGUUUAGUGGUUAGUAAAAUAAUAAGAUGAGUAAAAAUUUUUAUGAGACUCUUGGCAUAAAACAAACUGCCAACGAUGAUGAGAUCAAGAAGGCGUAUCGCAAAUUGGCGUUAAAAUAUCAUCCGGAUAAGAAUCAAAGCCCACAAGCUGAGGAACGUUUUAAGCUGAUUGCUGAGGCUUAUGAGGUGUUGUCAGAUAAAAAGAAACGCGAUAUUUAUGACCAAUAUGGCGAAGAGGGUCUUAAAGCCGGAAUUUCGGGAUCAACAGGCGAACCAGGUAGCAAUUAUACAUAUCACGGUGACGCGCGUGCCACCUUUGCGCAGUUUUUCGGAAAUUCCAAUCCUUUUGGCGCAUUCUUUGGUAUGGAUGACCCUAUGUUCGGACAGCAGACUAUUUUCAUGAGUGAUGAUGACCUCUAUACCGGCAUGAGUGGUGGUCCUGGCGGCGCGUUUCGUUCACAUUCGUUUAAUGCUCCACCAAAUCGCAAACGACAGCAACAAGAUCCUCCUAUUGAACACGACCUCUAUGUCUCUCUCGAAGAGGUUGAUAAAGGCUGCGUAAAAAAAAUGAAGAUCUCACGAAUGUCAAUGGCAACAGGUCAAUCCCGUAAGGAGGAGAAGGUUUUGAAUAUAACAGUAAAACCGGGUUGGAAAUCAGGUACUAAAAUUACUUUCCAAAGAGAAGGUGACCAAACUCCCGGAAAAAUACCCGCUGAUAUAAUAUUCAUCAUUAGGGAUAAGCCGCACUCAUUGUUUAAGCGUGAAGGCACUGACAUUAGAUACAAUGCAAAGAUCAAUCUUAAGCAGGCAUUGUGCGGAACAAGUGUUCAUGUGCCGACAUUGCAGGGCGACAGAAUUCCAGUGAAUACACAGGGUGAAGUAAUAAAACCCAACACAGUCAAGCGUAUAAGUAAUCGAGGAUUGCCUUUCCCCAAAGAGCCUUCCCGACGUGGUGACCUGCUUGUCUCAUUUGACAUCAAAUUUCCCGAAACGCUACAACCGCCAGUUAAGGAAUUACUUAACGAAAUACUCCCGAAUUAAAUCUUUUUCCAUUUCUGCUUUAACAUUUAGUGCAUAUAUAUAUUCUAAACAAUCGAGUGGCGGGAGGAUUAAGUAUGCCUAUACAUACUUAAUCAUUAUCCACCGGUUAAACAAAUAUUAGCAAAUUGUAAUCGAUGGGGGGAUCAUUACAAAGUUUUUUAACAAAUAAGAUUUCUUUCGGUUUUCACUCCUUCCCCUUCUAGCGAUGUUAUCUACGUAACAUCUCCAUUUUAUCUAUGCAAAUUUCUUUCCAAUGCUACUGUUGUAACUUAAUGUAUUAUUUACUUUUAGUUAUGUAUUUUAGGCUAUAAAUUAAUUAAAAAAAAAAAAAAAGGGAAAAAAGCAUAUAUAAAAAAAUGUAUAUAAAUUGUGGCGCAGAACAACCAACGCCGUUGUAAUGCAAAAUUAUUCAUUCGAUAAACUUACGCUAGGAUAAAAUGCAUCGUUGAUCAUUUUGCAAAGCACUAAGAGAUUUGUAUUCUAUGCAUAUGUAUGUAU